AUGUGUACCGAUGAGAAUGCCUUCUCACUGACGGCGGUUUCUGACGCAAGCGGACAGUUUUCCUUCGCCGAUAUUCCGCUUUGUACUUACACUGUUGUCGUGCCUUCGGAGAUUAAUACGACCGAAGGAGCGAAGCCUAUUUUCGAGGGUUAUGAUGAUGAUGAUACCAAGACUACUGCAGAGAUAGUGAUUGAUCCCACCACCACAGAGCUUGCCGGCGUGGACUUCGUUUACAAGCUGAUUCCUUCCGCUACAGCCAGUCCUACGCCCUCUACGUCGAGAUUUAUUCCUGGCACAAUCGGUGGAUCUGUUGUUAUCGAGGGCACAGAAACUGGAAUCUCAGGUGUUGAAGUGACUGCGACAUGUGCGGACGACGGGUCAGUCUAUAAAGCAACUACCCAGGAUGAUGGCUCAUAUACGUUCGGAGAUAUGCCUGAUUGUGUUUACACCAUCAACGUACCGACUGAAAGCAACGGAUGGCCAGUGGUAAGCACCGGUGUGACUGAGGUGGAGAUCAGCCCAGAGAACCGCACUGAGGAGGUGAAGUUCGAGUACACACCACUCGGAUCUAUCUCUGGAGCUACUCUAAGUGACUUUGACAAAACCACUCCUAUUGAGGGCGUGCUUGUUGAGUUGACAUGCGAAGGAGCCGAAACUCAGACCGCGACAUCGGAUGCCCUGGGAAAGUACAGUUUCACGGAGCUGCCACCUUGCACCUACACAGUCACAGUUCCCACUUCAGUCGCUAAUGGAGGGGACCUCGUCUCAGGCCCCAGCGACAGCGACACUAGCGCAACUGAAGUUCACGAAGAAGCGAUUUUGGGUAAUGAUGUUAUCGAUGCAGACUUCUUCUACCUACCCGAAGGUACAAUUGCAGGAAAUCUACGGGACCAUGUGACUGAAGAGCCACUUGCUGGCGAGACGGUGACUAUCACAUGCUUGGAGAACCCUGAUAUUACUUUCACAAAUGUUACUGACGCCGCCGGCAACUACGAGUUCACCAACUUGGUUGCCUGUUCAUAUGCAGUUGUGGCUCCCGAGACUUCAACUUCCGGACCUAUUUUCGCUGGACCAGAGGACCGCACCGAAGACAAUAAGGAAUUCAGCACCGUUGUUUACAUCAGCCUUGACAAUCCCGAGGAAGGCGAUGUUGACUUUGAGUACUCGCAGGUGGGAA